AUGACUGAUAGCCCUCCUGGUCAUGGAUACCUGCCACAGCUUGCAAUGGGAGGCCUGACCCCACCAAGAAGAAUCCAUGCAUCUUCGGAGCUGGCUCGACCGGGCUAUGCCUCCCUGUCCAAGGACGAGUUUGAGGAUGACGGGGAGACUUUGCGCACCAAAGUGCGUGUUCUGCUGGGUCUUCUGAAGACCUCCAAAGCUGUCGUGGCCUACACAGGUGCUGGCAUCUCCACCGCGGCCGGGGUUGGCGACUAUGCAACAGCUGAAGAUUCCCAGGUGGCGGUUCGGACGCCUGGAAGCGCGGAGCCAACAGAUCCGGACGCACCACCGAAGUUGCGGUCGCCCUACGAGGCGCAGCCGACCAUGAUGCACCGAGUAUUGGUUUCGCUGUGGAGGCUUGACAUGCUCAGCUUCUGGGUUCAACAGAACCACGAUGGGCUGCCGCAGAAAGCCGGGUUCCCCCAAUGGCUCCUAAAUGAGAUCCACGGCUCGUGGUAUGAUCCGAGCAACCCUGUCAUACCCAUGACUGGUGAGCUCCGAGCAGACCUUUUCCAAGAUUUGCUGGAGUGGGAGGCCAAAGCCGACAUGGUCCUUGCUUUCGGUACAUCCUUGGCUGGGAUGAAUGCAGAUCGGCUGGCCACAGGUGUGGCGGAGCGGCAUCAGAAACUCCUUGCAUGCCAAGGUGUGGCUGAUGCAGGGUCGGCUGAUGCAGGUGGUCUGGUCAUCUGCAGCUUGCAGCGGACACAGUACGAUCACUUGGCAUCCAUACGCCUGUGGGCCAAGCUCGACACGUUAGCAGAGGUUCUUGUGCAGGAAUUUGGGGAGCUUGGCGCCGAAUUGGGACCGGCUGCCGGACCGUCCCGGGCCACUUAUCCAGUUGAGGCCUUUGUUAGCAAUCGCAGGCUGCUUAAGGAGCGCACGGUGGACAGAGAGAACGACAUCUAUCUAGUACCGUACAACCCCACUACCGGAGUUCGCUUGGAGAACCACGAGUCUCUUCUUACCGACCAGCUCUGCCGCCUGGACUUAUCUGAAGAUGCCCAGGUGAAGCUGACACAGGGUCUGUAUGCAGGUGAUACGGGGGAGGUGGUGGGCAAACAACUGGAAGGCCACUGGAAGAUACGUUUCCAGCAUCCUCUGAAGCCAGGCGCCAAGCUGAAGCGGCCAUUUGAGCGAAUCCUGGGCACUUGGUGGGUUGCAGCGGCAGUCAUGGGGAGAGUGCCGCAAAUUCCUGUGGUCAAUGUGUGA